CAAGCCGGCCGAUUUCGUGUUGCUCAGGACUCGCUCGGACUCUGAACGGCGACCCCGUAACCUCGAACUUGUGGCUGGCUUGUGCAGGGCCGCGUGUGUUGGCCUCUGUCGCCCCCUGCUGGUCAGGCAGUCAAAGCGCGCCUGAGGAGGUCCACUGCCGCUCGUUUGUAUCGCCGCUUUAGGCACGAAAUUGGGUUGGGAGGAAAAAAAAAAAAAAGGGCAGCAACAACAAAAACACACAAAGUCACAGAAAUGAAACCCCAAACAACAAAAUGCAAAUUUGAUUUACGAUAAAAAACGCACAUGGAGAGCACGGAAGCAGCUGCACGACUUGCCAUUUCAUCUCCUUCCACAUCUAAAUAUCCGCCAUGUCACCCCACUGACUUGCUUUAUCCAGCAGGUUUCCCCUUUGAGCUCGCUGUCCGUUAUUUUGGAUCAGCUCUCCCAGUGGCUCUUGUCCCACUAAUAGAAGUGCAUGUGUGAAAGGCGCUAUACAGACACCGCUGUUAACCUCGUUUCUACCUGAAAUAACCCGCUGGGCUCUCACAGAGCUUGCUAGAUGCCACAUAAACGACAAACACUCGCUGCAAUCCAACAAUUGCCAUACCACUGCAGUUAUCCGGUAACAUUUCGGAAGCCCUUUCAUUCUGAAGCUCUGUUCCGCUAACCUGACCACAUCGUUUUGGCUAAAUUUGAAGCGAUGUGGAGAACGUCUCGCUGUGCCUGGUCAGCGCGCCGUGUGCCAGCCUGCCACAGCCAUGGCUCAAGAGGAGGACGAGUGUCACAGGCGCUUCCAGACCGCCGUCAGUGUGGUGCAGAGCCUCCCGAAGCGUGGUCCUUAUCGGCCCUCCUAUGAUGCCAUGCUGCGCUUCUACGGCUACUACAAGCAGGCCACCUGCGGCCCCUGCACCCUCGGCUGCCCGCCUUUCUGGGACCCGGUGGGCCGCUACAAGUGGGAUGCAUGGAAGCGACUGGGUGACAUGAGCAGGGUGGUGGCCAUGGCGGCGUACGUGGAGGAGAUAAAGGUGGUGGCACAAGAGGUUAUAAACACUCUGCCCCUCACAGAGGGCACAGCAUCACUCUUCCACUACUUUGAGCCCCUGUACCACGUCAUUGAGGACAUGCCCAGGCCCCCACCAGAAUUCUUCAGACAGCCUGGCGGUGAGCACGGACCCCCUCACACGUCAGAAGAAGGUGAUGCCGAGGCUGAGCUUGAGGAGGAGCGCGGAGCUGAAGAAGAGGAGGAGAGCAGACCUAAGGGGUUUGUAGACACGCCAGAGGGUGGCACUGGCAGAGAUGUUAACCCACCCACUGUGUGCUUUACUGCAGAUGUCAUCCACCAGAGCCGUGAUCGGACGGCGUCUGCUGAAAGUGCCACGUCUGUCAAUGCCGCCACCAAGGACUUGAAGCUGCACGGCCAGGCAGCGCCAGCCCUCCAGGAGCAGCGAGGAGGCGCGGACACGGGUUCAAGUCAAGAGAGCGGAACAAAGCAGGGGGAGCCCUGCAGGGGCCCACAAGGUUCAGUCCGCCAUUGGAGUCUCAAACCAGCAGGAGGCGCUCACAGCUCUGAGGUGGAUGCCCUGAUUGCGCGGGUCCUAACGCGGCUGCAGACAGAAAUGCAAACGACCCUGUGCCGCCUGCAGGCCCUGGAGAAGCACUGGAGCACUCAGGACUCGGCUCAUUUGGGACCCCCCAAACGUGUUGGCGCUUCUGCUGGCCAGGCGCCGUGCUGGCGGCUCUUCUUGUUCCUCCUCCUCUGGCCCGUCCUUUCUCAAUGGCUGGCACACGUCUUGAACAACAGAAGGAUCAAGUAAGACUGGCGAGGGCUGCAGAGGUGACACCCCGAAAUUCAGGAGAUGACGACCCGAAAGAUGGCAGUGCCCCCCUCUGACACCCUCAGUGAGUCCAGUGGCAUAUGAGACAAAGCGGGACUCGUGUUGAGCAGAACCUCAUUAAAGAACGGGCAGAGCGCCACGCCAGGGCAGGCAUGCCACAAUUGA